AAAAUCUCUCUCCUUGUCCUCCCUUUAUCAGGAGUCAUGCCUCCAUGAUCCCUAAAGCUUUGCCCACCACAAAAUGGCAGAAACAUCACAGCCCAACUCCACCUUCCUACACCCAACCUUCUUCAUACUGACUGGCAUUCCAGGGCUAAGAAGUGCCCAGACCUGGCUGACACUGGUCUUUGGGCCCAUGUAUCUGCUGGCUCUGCUGGGCAACGGAGCACUGCUGGCAGUGGUAUGGAUAGACUCUGUGUUGCACCAGCCCAUGUUUCUACUCCUGGUCACACUAGCAGCCACAGACCUGGGCUUAGCCACAUCUGUAGCCCCAGGGUUGCUGGCUGUGCUAUGGCUUGGACCCCAACCUGUGCCAUAUGCUGCCUGCCUGGUCCAGAUGUUCUUUGUACAUGCGUUGACUGCCAUGGAAUCUGGUGUGCUUUUGGCCAUGGCCUGUGAUCGUGCUGUGGCAGUAGGGCGUCCACUGCACUACCCUAUCCUAGUCACCAAAGCCCGUGUAGGCUAUGCUGCCCUGGCACUGGCACUGAAAGCUGUGGCUAUUGUUGUGCCCUUCCCUCUGCUGGUGGCACGAUUUGAGCACUUCCGAGCCAAGACCAUAGGCCAUGCCUACUGUGCACACAUGGCAGUGGUAGAGCUGGUGGUAGGUAAUACAUGGGCCAACAACUUGUAUGGGCUGGCACUUUCACUGGCUGUGUCAGGUGUGGAUAUUCUGGGUAUCACUGGCUCUUAUGGACUCAUUGCCCAUGCUGUGUUGCAGCUGCCUACCCGGGAAGCCCGUGCGAAGGCCUUUGGUACAUGUAGUUCUCAUAUUUGUGUCAUUCUGGCCUUUUACGUGCCUGGUCUCUUCUCCUACCUCACACAUCGCUUUGGUCGUCACACCGUCCCAAAGCCUGUGCACAUUCUUCUCUCCAAUUUCUACUUGCUGCUUCCACCUGCGCUCAACCCCCUCAUCUAUGGGGUCCGCACCAAGCAGAUCAGGGGCCGACUCCUGGAAACUUUCAUAUUCAGAAAAAGCCAGUUCUAACGGACAGAACUGGGGGUGGAGGGGGAUGUGAAGGGAUCCUGGGGUGGAGGUGGAGGUACACUAGGAGUCUGAGGUCUGGGGGU